AUGCGAAAGGACUCAUGGGAAUCCAUCACAGAAAGGUUUCCAUCCCAUAUUACAUCAUUUCGCAACCUCGAUGAAGUUUAUGUGGAUGGAUAUGAUGGAGAUGUUCAUUGGCAUUCUUAUGUUGAUACGAAGUACAUGCUUGAAACAAUAAUAGCAUUUGAUUCGAAUCUUGAAACUUUUAGUGAGAUAUUGCUUCCAGACUCUAUCCAAAGCAAUCGAGGAAGGAGUAAUGCUUUGGGAGUUUUGUCCCGAAAGCUUUGUGUGAUAUCCAGCAUCUACAAUGGUGAUUGUGAGGUGUGGGUGAUGGAUAAGUAUAAGGUGGCUAGUUCGUGGAUGAAACUACAUGUGUUAUCCGGGUUUAGUGGCAAUAUUUAUCCGAUUGGAUUCACUUUGAACGGUAAGUUUAUUUUUGAAAAUGAUCUUCGUCUAGCUCUGUACGAUCCAAAGGCAGCCGCACCUAAACUGUUUAAGGGUAUGAAACCAUUUGAUCACUCAAUAACCAGAGUUGCUCAAUACAUUGACUGUCUCGUUUGGCCGGUAGCGCGCAACGUGAGCCAUCCAUUAUGA